AUGGGUUGGAAGCGCCAGAAGCCGCAAGCUGAGCUGCGGAUUCCCCCAAUCCCGACUUUUCCCUUGUCGUCCCCAAUCACAGAAGAGGUUGUCACACCGAUCUCCUCGUCCCCGGAUGAGCGAGACGUGGAAAAGCUUCGUCCCUUCGAUCAUCUGGGGGCAAAAGUGUCCAGCCAGAACCCCUUUGCUCGCAAAGUAGAAUACGAACAACGGCAGGAGGGCAAGGAGCCGAUGCGCGAAGCCAAUAGUUACUACUUCGUGCAAAGGGCGGCAGAGAGUGCGGGCGAUCCGAAACCAACAAUCAAGAAGAAUCCUGAGCGGCCCGUGGGAUUGAAUCUGGUCACCGAUUUUUCGCUAGCAACACCGAAACCCUGGAAUGAUACGCCGGAGGAAGGGUUCGUAGAUCCAAAUGAUCUCAAGGUCCUUUCAAAGGAAAGGGCCGAAGAAAGGUCGACGCAGAAGGUCAAGAGCAUCCUGAAGAAAGGAACAAGUCAAAGAUCCCAGCGACUUCCCGACGAGCCCUCAAACCCAGCGAAGAGAUCUGCCUUGUUUGACUGGAGACUUAGCGGCUCACCAAAACGGAGAGGCAAGGACGACUUAUCUCCAUCAGACCGGCCGAUAAUGAUUGGGUUCAGCAUGCCACGCGAGGAACCCACUGUUUCGCGGAAAAGAUAUUCUAAAGAGCUUGGCAUUAUAGAUACCCAGCAGACGCCGCUCACGCCCUCCAUAGUUGUCACCCCGGCAAAGGAGGAUGACUUUUGGGCAGGCUUUAGCCAAGUUUGCAACCCUCCUAGAGUCGCAUCUAGUAUUUACUCCCAACCCACUCCGUGUAUAGAAAGGAGCGAGUUAGAUAUCCCGCCUGUACCUGCCAUUCCAGCAGAGCAUGUAUCAGCUAAGAAUGAAGUCGCGGACCAAGAGACUCUUAAAAGGCAAUCUGUGACAUCUAGGAAACAACGUGCAUAUUCCACGGGUACGGUCUUCGAGGAAGACAUCCAAUCGCGGCCGGGGCUUCGUUCAAGGUCAUGCUCCAACGGAAGCGUUAAGAACGCUUUUGAUCGUUUGAGUGGAAUCGACAGAAUGAGUCGAUUGAGUGUUAAUACCGAAGUUAAUAGGCACCAGUCCCAGGGAUGGUGGACAUACCUUCUGUCGCCUUUAUUGGGUCGUUCCAGCACAAUGACUAGCCGAAGAACAUUAAUCGACGCACAUCCACCUCCUGUUCCCAGUAUCGCCACCCAUUUGACAGGAUCAAGUGAUGAGUGGUGGGAGAAGGAGGUAUCGUACUUUUCACCUGAUACACCUGAAGAGACGAUGGCCAGUCGAGGUAUCUCCGACUGGCAGCCUACUCAAAACAACCCUUUCGCCGAUGACAAAGCUGUCGACUGGCACACGCAGGAGCCAAGUGACCUGAGUAGCGCAGCGUUUGUCUUUCCCGAUCAAACGGUUCAGGGCGCCGCUGCCGAGUACUAUCAUGCUUGUGCACACGAGCUGUUUACGGGGAAACCUUAUUUCGAAUGCAUCAACCAUGUCUGUUCGAUAACUCCUAAAGACCAAAUUCCAGUCCACAGUGCAGAUACCACAAAAGACAGUGGUUCGGGUCCAAGAGGUGUGCUUAUUGAUGUGGAUGACGCCUCCAAACCCGUUGACAAAGAACCCGACGGUUCAAAAUCUAUAGUCAUUCCUGCCACAACUUCCUGGCCUCCGUCAACAGCCGUCGACAAACAAUCAGAUACCCCCGUGGAGAGCCCGAAGGAAGACAGCAGUUCAAAAGACGAUACGAGAGCUCCUCCCGAGGAGGAUUCUACUAAACCAAUCUCCAAAGAGACCAUUAGGGAACCAGCACCUCCAGCGGGCAACCAAACUGAGACUAAUCCUUUUGUUCAACCGGCUCAGCAAAGUAGCACCGUUCCGCCGCCAGUCACGAAUGUAUACAUUCAAUAUACCCCUGCACCGUCUUCUGCUCCCACCACUACUAUUGAACGAGUUGUGCCUCAGUACAUAGUAGUUUCUUCUUCAGACGAAGGGACGCAAAAGCAUGAAGUGCAGCCGCAAGCACAACCGCAAUCUCCCGGUCCUGUCUCCCCUGGCUUACAGCGAGCAACGGAAAAGACAGGCUCAAUCCCUCUAUCUGACAUACACUCUACCCCGGCGCCUGUGUAUACGUCUCAUCGUAAUACUCCCGCCACGUUACCACCCCGUGUGGAUCCCCUUCCGAUCACACGGGGGGCAAUGACAAAUCCAGUUACAGAAAGUAACAGAAUAGAGUAUCGGCGAAGAAGGCUCGAGAAGGAAGAUGCGGCCGGUAGGAAAGCUGGUGGACUAUGGCGCGGUAGGGGUUGCUUCAGCAACAAGGGAUGUUUUGGGAGACCUGGACGUGAAGGACGACUGAGGCGCCGGUGGUAUGCGGCCAUUGCCUCAUUCUUCAUUAUCAUUGUCGUGGUCGCUGUUAUUCUCGCUAUAAUGCUCACCAGAAGGGGGGACGAGACACCUGUCCAGUCGCAAUGGCUGAAUUUAACCGGCUAUCCACCUAUGCCUACAGGCAUUGCAACAGUUGCUGGGCCGGAGCCACAAGUGCAAAAUUCGGGCUGCAUUACGCCGUCGACCCUCUGGAGCUGCGCCUUGCCCAAUGAACAGCAGUCAGCCAACAAGCCUUAUGCUGCAAACCAACCUAAUUUUCGCGUCGAGGUUCGUUUUAGAAAUGGGACAUAUCCGAAUAGCACGACUGUUGCGUCGAAGUCUAGCAAAGCAAAAGCUUCUAGAAGAUCUGAUAACCUGUUCAGCCCGUCGCCAUCCCCGCCAGAUAUGAAAGAUCAGACAUUUCUGGGCAAUACCACUGAUAAGAACAGCGUUCCCUAUGCGGGCGAAGAGACGCCCUUCUACAUGACAAUACUCUCCCCUCUCCAGAUUUCCACCUCACAACUGUCACGAAGAUCAGACAAUUCGUUCCCUGACAUAGAAUCUCUCAUCCCAUCUCCAGACCUAAACUCCGACGGCACUGCGGCAGCUGCAGAGCUCUACCCUCUUCCUGAAUCACAGCCCGUGCGACUAUACAAUCGCGGGCAGGACACCGAGCACUACGGCUUCUACACCUAUUUCGACCGGUCGAUUUUCCUUGAGUCAUCUGCUCCACUCACGGACAGCAAGAACGAUGAUUUUACAAGCGAUGCGAACGGCGGCCCAAGUAAAGCACAUGCCCGAGUCAGGUGUACCUGGGCUCAGACACGCUUUCUCGUCCAGAUCUGGACUCGCCCCGGAAAGACCCUCCUCAGUAACAGCUCAGCUGCCAGCACAACACCAACGCCAACCUACACAGGAACUAGCAAUCCAACUAGCUCUAACUCCGCUACUGACUUCGUUCGUCCCGGUUCUUUCCCGUAUCCGAUAACGAUCACUCUAGAUCGGCAUGGCGGCUCGAUCAAGAAGAAGAUGGUGUACUGCUACGGUAUGGAAUCAGAUCAGCAUGUCAACUCGACCGAGGCGAAACUACAAGUAGAAGAUCGCGGGUUUGGCGGUCAACUGAUCAACUCGGCACCUGGAAUUUUUAAUAUGUCUGAUUCUGCUUUGAGUGCGUCGGGUUAUGGUGGUUUUGACGGUGGAACUGGGGGCUGUUCUUGUCAGUGGACGAACUGGAUUUCUAGGUCGUAG